UGUCUAUGCUUGAUCAUUUUCAAUGAAAACUGUGAAGCAGUGCUUUCAAAGUAAAGCUCGGCAAACAUGAAAAUAUUGCCUGUGUUAUUGAGAACAAUGUCUUUCAAUUAAAUCAAAUGAUUCAGUUAGGUUUGAGAAAUGAGAAGCGAACCUUGUUACAAUUAGUUUUGUCAUCUAAAAAUAGAAUGAUGAUAAAUUCAACUUUAACUUACUUUAUUCUUGACACUUACAUACAUGUAGGGACUUUGAGAUACUUGUAUUUUAUGUUAACUGCAAUGUUAUACAUUGUUAUAGUUAUUGUCAACAUUUCUCUGAUUGUGGUGAUCUGUAUGAACAGAAGCUUACAUGAACCUAUGUACCUUUUUCUCUGCAGCCUGUUUGUAAAUGAACUGUUUGGUAGUGCAGGGUUGUUUCCAUUCCUUGUUGUUCAGAUCCUCUCUGACAUUCACACUGUUUCUGCUCCACUUUGUUUCCUGCAGAUCUUCUGUUUGUAUACUUAUGUAAAUAUAGAGUUUUGUAAUUUAGCCGUCAUGUCUUAUGACAGAUAUCUCGCUAUCUGUUGUCCUCUACAAUAUAACACACGUAUGACAUUUAACAAGGCUGUUACCUUUAUUGGUAUACUUUGGUUGCAGUGCUGUGUGAAAGUCUUAAUUACUUUAUCCUUAAACAUCCAUUUGACAUUUUGUGGAAACAUCAUAAACAGUUUGUAUUGUCAUAACUACCUUGUUGUUAAGUUGGCGUGUUCUGACACUGAAGUGAAUAGCAUUUAUGGAUUGUUUGGUACUGUUCUCACCAUCUUAGUCCCUCUGCUUCCAAUCCUUUACUCUUACAUGAAAAUUCUUAAAGUUUGUUUCUCUGGUUGUAAACAGACCAGACAGAGAGCUGUCAGUACCUGCACACCUCACCUCACUUCUCUGCUCAACUUCUCUUUUGGCUGCUGCUUUGAAAUAGUUCAGAGUAGAUUUGAUAUGACCAGUGUACCCAGAGUGCUGGAUAUCUCCCUCUCACUCUAUUUUCUCAUCAUACAACCACUUUUGAAUCCCAUCAUGUUUGGAUUGCAAAUGUCCAAAAUACGGAAUACAUGUAAACAUAUCCUCUGUUAUAAAAUGUUGACCUCUCGCUAGAUACUCUAUGGAUGAAAUAACAAAAGUGUCAGUAAAUGAUUAAUGAUAUCUUUAUUUGAAAUGCGCUGUUUAAUGCAUUCAACUGAUUGGAACAAUUGUAGCAUUGUUCAUGGUUUUAAUGUUUUCUACAUCCAAAUGCUUCCGAACAUUUAUGAAUCCAGAGACAAAAAGACACGGAGCAAUGCAUAUCUAUUAUAUUGACAAAGGCAAUCGCCUUUGAAAACAAAUCAAGAAAACGCAUUAAAGUGGCACAACCACUCUUCCUCCGCCCUCUUACAGGGGUAGAUUUUAUGUAGCUGGAGGUUACUUAGGGUUUUUAUAAUCAUUUUAAUUUUGCCUUGUUAUGAAUUCAAUUAAUUUGUGAUUUGUGACAGUAA